AGCGCGCGGUUGCCCAGGCGACCGUUAGGCCGCAGCUGCGAGCCUUGGCUGGGCAGGAAAGCCCGCCGGACCGCUGGGGUUGGAGCUACCGCUGCGGUGAUGGCGCAUGAAGGCUCGAGGCAGGAGAGGCAGGCACGAGACCGCGGGAUGACUCGAUCCAAGGCGGAAAAGGUCCGGCCGCCAACAGUUCCGGUGCCACAGGUGGACAUCGUGCCUGGGCGGCUUACUGAGGCCGAGUGGAUGGCGCUCUCGGUUCUUGAAGAGGGCGAGGAAGUGGUGGGGGACAUCUUGGCUGAUCUGCUGGCCCGAGUCAUGGACUCCGCCUUCAAAGUCUACCUGACCCAGCAGUCAGGCACGGGAGGCCAUGCUGCAGAUCACCGAGUGGCGCUUCCUGGCCCGGGACGAGGGAGAAACUGCAGUGGCAGAGGACCCUACGUGGGGAGAGGACGAAGAACCUUCCGCUUGCACGACGGACGCCUGGGCUCAGGGAUCCGUGCCCGUGCUGCACGCGCCCACCUCGGUGGGGCUGGAGGAGACCUUCCCAGGCGAAGUAAGCCCAGCCCCCAGCUACCUCCCGCCACUCACCUUAGUGCCUCUCUCCCCUUUGCGACGUCUCACUACUCAACUUCUCACCACCACCCUGGUGCAUUUCCCCAGGACCGAGGGAGCGUGGAUCAGAUCACUUUAGGAAGAUCGUGGAUGGAUACAGGCUCUCAGGAACCGAUGGAACCUUGGGACCGCUGUCUUCCAGAGCAGAGGGUCGUCCCAGGUCCCUCAUCCACCCUGGAGCUGCUUAAGGAGACAGGGCCUCGAGGUCCUUUAGAGGAAUUGGAACUGGACGGCCAGGCGAGGGGCCACCUCUCCUCGGUCGGAUGCUUGACCGUGAGCAGCCAACUGUCGAUGGAGAUGGCGGUCGCAGGCGGUCCUCACCUUUCUCUGGAGCCGACCCCGGUUGCCAGCCCCAAGGGCUCGGUCGAGAAGGCACAGCCCUUCAGCUCCCCGUUCUCUCUCGAGGACCUCUACUAUUGCACGCCCCAGGCUCAGGCGGCUGGAGACAGGAUGGAGCCCAAGAAGGAGGAGGUGCCCUUCAUCUCCUCGAGCGGUUCGGUGUCUGGAACUUCUGCUGGUGGUCUCAGCACGCUCAGCUCCUCCUCUGGGUUCCAGCCGCAGCAGCUCUGGCGCCCCGAUGCGCGGCCCAGCUCACUUCGCGGCAGAAUUGGCCCCAGCGCGGAGAUGGAGCGCCUGGACCCCGCGCGGCUGCCUCGCCGCUGGGUGCGCCCCCUGGCGGAGGUUCUGGUCCCAAACUCCGAGAUGCGCCCCCAGAAAGCCUACCGCGGGUGCCUGCAGAGCCGGAAGACCGAGGCCCCGGCCGGUCCGCAAGCCCCCGGUCCCGACGUCCGCGUCUCCCCAUCAGUAUUCUACCCUCUCCCGCCUGGCGUUCCUUUCCGAGCCUUGGCCCCCGGCCGCAGACUCCAAUUCCCCACUUUAAGCUCAGGCCUACCAUCGCCAGGCUUUGGUUCAAAGCUGCCCUUCCCCAGUUCCAGGCUCCGCUUUCCCAUCACACACUCGGUGCUCCCAGAUGUGGCCCACAGUCCUAGUCCCAAACUAUGGCCAGGUGCCAAGUGGCCCAGCGGCUGGGAAGGGGAGGCCGAAUUGCUGGGCGAGCUGUGGGCCGGCCGCACCCGCAUACCUCCUCAGGGCCUGGACCCUGGGUACCGGGAGAGCCAGGAUCCUCACAAGUGGCCUCAUCCCGCGCCCCAAGUUCUUGAGGCCACAUCCCAGGUGAUGUGGAAGCCGAUGUUGCUGCCUGAAGCCUUAAAGUUGGCUCCUGGUGUGAGCAUGUGGAACCCAACCACCCAGGAGCUGCUCAGCUCUGCUGAACCUCAACAGGAGGACAAAAAAGGCAGCACCUCUCCUCCCAUCCACACAGGUGCCCCAGAACCACAGGUGACUGUGGCACAGAUCGUGAACAACUCAACGCCCAAAAUGUGGUCACUCCCCUUCAACCACCUGCUCCAUUAUGAGCCCUGAACCUCAGGCGGUGGGACUCCUACCCUCCUUCUGUCUACUUGCUGGAAAUAAACACCUGAGUUGUCUUAGGAA